UGGUGCGAGUCAUCAAACUUGCAGAAGUUGCUUUAGUUUUCCACCGCGGAACCACCUAAAUCCUAGCAAAACAACCACCAUGGGCGAUCGCUACAAUAUUCACAGUCAGCUGGAACAUCUGCAGAGCAAGUACAUAGGUACGGGCCACGCUGAUACGAACAAAUACGAAUGGCUCACCAACCAGCAUCGGGAUUCGCAGGCCAGCUACCUUGGCCAUUACGAUAUGCUGAGCUACUUUGCCGUGGCGGAAAACGAAUCCAAGGCUCGCAUUCGGUUUAACAUCAUGGAAAAAAUGCUGCAGCCUUGUGGACCACCACCGGAGAAGCCGGAGGACUAACCUGCUGAUUUCAUCUAAGAUUUUCUCAUUCACGCAAA